AUGGAAGGUUGGAGCUGUAGAAUGUCGUGCAUGGUGCUUCUAGUACUGUUGUGUUUGUGUAAGUUAAAGGCUUUACUUUGGCGAUUUCAAACUUUUUGUUUUUGGUCUAAAAGUUUGUGGAAAAACUUUUAAGAUUUUUUGGGUGAAAAUUCAGUUUUUUGACCAAAAUUACAAAAAAAUCAAAUUUUGUUUUAAUUCUAUAAACUUCUUGACUAAUGCUUUUUUAAAAUUACAAUUAUUUUAGUCCCGACUGCAAGCUGCAACAUCAAUUGUUACUAUUGUGAUGAAGCUGAUGGACAGAGCAGCGACUGCAUGGUUGUCUCAUCAACAACCGACACGUUUGACGAUUGUACGCCUGAUACUUGUUACACAGUAUGGGGCCAUUUAAAUAUGAAUAACAAGGGCAAGGUUUUAUUGGUGAAAUAGAAUUGACUGAAAGCAGGGUAGGAGUGAGUAAUGGGCCGGGCGUACUUUUCAAAAAAUUUUCAAGCUCACUAUUGUUUUCAACUUUUUAUCGGCCUGUUUCUCACCCUCAAAGCAGGAGUAGGGUAAGGAGGAUAUGGUGGGUAGGGUAAGUAUGACUAAAAGUAAUUUUCAUUUUUUUAGUGGUCGUGGGAGUACAUCGCGACUGUGAUUACAGGGGCGGGUUUCCGGUAAGUUUUAAAAAUAUUGAAGCGUGUGUUUAUUUAUUCGUAUAAUAAAAUUUUUUUUUUUUUAAUUUAAUAAAAAUUUUUUAAUUUUUUUACUUUUCAGGAAAAUCAAACAUGUGUAAACGUGACGGAUUUCGAGUUUUUUAACAAUCGUUAUAAAAUAAACGGAACGUUGUGUAAGUGCUCGGGGGAGUUUUGCAACAAUCAAACAAAUCCAUUUCUGACUACCACCACCAUUACUUUGCCCACGACCACUACUACCCCUACGACCACUACUACCACUACAACCACCGAGUUUGAAUCGACUACUGACCCUGACACUCCAGUGGCAUCAGCCAACGACUGGUCGCUCUCUGUCCUCACUCUACUGAUCGUUUACUGUACUUUAUAUGUGUUGUAG